AUGGAGACAUGGCUGCACCGGGAUGUUCCCGAUGACAAUGCUACAAUCAAGGGCUUCCACACGGUGCGUGUGGACAGAGACUGUGCCAGGAGCAGAAACACCUUCAUCUCUCCCCCACCCAUCACCUCCACACUGAUUAUCAGUGAGGAGCAACAGGAAUCUGACGAAAUGGGAAACUCAUUAGGAUUAAGCCUGGACUCGAGUAAAGCAUCUCCGAAGGCAAAUGUAUGUUCUGACACAAAGGAGGACUAUGACUGCCCCAUCUGUAAAGAGGUUUUGAAAAUGCCCAUCCGCACCAAGAACUGCCAGCAUGUGUUCUGUUGGAGCUGUUUUCAGACGGCGGUGAGGAUUCAGGGCCGUCACUGCCCGCUGUGUCGGAGCCCCGUGUAUGAGAGAGUGCGCAGAGCCACAGACAUUAGGAACAGGAUGAAACAGACGAAAGGCAAAUGCAGAGCGUGUGGAAAAAAGGAAUUUAUCUGCAAUAUGAGGAUCCACUACAAAUUCUGUAGGAAGUACAUUGAGGAAUUUGGUCCUAUCAGUGACCCCACACUACCGCUUCCUAAUCAACUUCCAAACCUACCAGAAAGCAGCAUAUUUACCCACAACACCCCCAUUCCUACACCAUCCAGCAGUGCAGGGAGAGUGUACCCUUGUCCUUAUUGCUCACUCAUGGACCGUAGUAAUAUAGCCCUGACGGAGCACUGUGUUUGCCCAUAUCAUCAAGACUGCACUCCAAUCAACGAAAGUGAUUCUGAAGAUAUGCAGCUCUCCUGGGCGCGACAAAUAUCAGUCCAGGAGUUUUGA